GCCAAUUCUAACUUGGGAGCGCGAGGCAGUGUGCGGGUGAGCAGAGGGAGGGAGAGCGUAGGAUAUGCGGAAAGACCCUUUGCUCUGCUUAUGUGAAAUAAAGUAGAAUUACAUGACGUGUAAAUAGCAACGAGAUAUUAAUUCGCGGCCCUUUUUCGCUGUUAGCGUUACUCUCGGCGGCGUGUUCACGUUAUUCGGCUGCGGAACAUUGUGAACGAAAAAGGCCCCGGUGUAGUAGUUGGGAUGUUGGCGGCGGAAAACGCAUCAGUGGACGGACAUUUGGCAGUAGCGACCCCCCACAGAACAGGCAUGGAUUGCAAAUCAAGUAACAAUGCCAACAAGAAACUUAUCCAAGCUCGUCUCCCAUUCAAGCGGCUGAGUGCCGAACCUAAAGAAAACCAGCCGCCAAAGCGCCCCUGUGCCCACGCCUGCCCCGGACCUGAAGCCCCAGACACCCAGAAUGAAAACGAGGCGUCUCCUCUCUCUGAACGCAGCGGGCCGCCUCUGGUGAACGGCCGCGGCCCGCUCGAUGGCUUCCUGAGGCGCAGGUGCCCUGCUUCCUCUGCGUUCUCGGACAGCAAAGUGGUCAUCGAUCUGACUGAGGACGAGGAAUCCUCCCCUGUGAAGAGCGUCGCUUCUCCUGCUCAGGCCUCUUCUUGUCCCGCAGCAAAAAACAAGCCUCAGCGCAAAGACAGAACAGGCUCCUCUGGGAAACACAAGAGCGCUACUGACACUCCUAAAAAACAAACUCAAGACUGUGCCUUAAUUACCGAGGAAGAGCUGGAGGAGGAAGAAGAAGAAGAAGAUGAUCACGCCACGUCAGUUUCAAUGCUUGAUACAACGCAGGAUUCAGACAGCGAGCCAGGGGAGCAGGAUGAGUCGGGGAACGUUUCCAGUUCGGGGAAUAAGUCGAUUCGGUCGCCCUCGUCGGUCAGCUCCAUGUCUGAGAGCUCACCAGAAAACAGCAAGACCCGCGGCUCUACACCCAGCACUACAUCUAACGAGCCAAAGAGCCCCACCACCCCUAAGAUACCAGCGGAUCAGAAACAGAUCAAGAGGCGCUCUUUGAAGAGUUUACAAGAGCAAGAGGAGAGGAUGCGUCUGCGACAGGAGAAGGAACGCCAGAAGGAGGAAGCCAAAGUUGCAAAGGAAAAGAAGAAAGAAGAGGCCCGCAAGCUUAAGGAGGAGAAAGAAAGAGAAAAACGCGAGAAAAGGGAAAAAGAGGAGCGGGAAAAACGAGAAAAAAAGGAGAAGGAGGAGAAGGAAAAGGCAGAGAGGUUAAAAGCAAAAGAGGAGCUGAGGAAAUCUAAGCUUGAGGCUAAGCUUGAGGAAAAACGCAAGAAGGAGGAAGAGAAGCGGAUGAAGGAAGAAGAGAAACGGUUGAAAGAAGAGAAGGACCGGCUCAAAGCUGAGAAAGCAGAAAUUACUCGGUUUCUACAGAAACCCAAAAUCCAGCAGGCUCCUAAGACUCUUGCAGCUGCGUGUGGGAAGUUCGCUCCGUUUGAAAUCAAAGAAAACAUGUCCCUGGCGCCUCUGUGCCGGGUUCAGUGUGAGGACUUGGUUCUGGAGGAGCUGGACCGGUGUUUGUUGAGCCCUGCUGAAAACUCCAACGCACUGAAAGACUGGAUCGGCCGGACACCCAGACGGUCAGGACCCACUGAGCGCAGACAGGCGGACCCACUCAGCGACUGCAUAGCCAUGGAGGCAUCUAAACCGGACGGUACUCCAGACCGCAAACGCUACGGGCCGAUGAAGCUGCUGCAGUUCCACGAGAACUACCGUCCAGCGUACUGGGGCACCUGGAGGAAGAAGAGCUCGCAUAUUUCCCCCCGCUGCCCCCUCAGGCAGGACAAGGAUUUAUUGGACUAUGAGGUGGACAGCGAUGAAGAAUGGGAGGAAGAGGAACCAGGAGAGUCCUUGUCUCAUAGUGAGGGGGAGGAGGAAGAGGAGGGUGGUGAGGAUGAUGACGAGGAAGAUGACGGUUUUCUUGUUCCUCAUGGCUACCUGUCAGACGAUGAGGGGGCACUGGAGGAAGAGGAUGGUGGCGACCUGGAGAAGCAAAAACUGCGUCAGAAGCUCAAAGCCAGGGAGUGGGAUGAGCUGAUGUCCAGCAAGAAGAAGAUGAAGGUGCUGGAGGCGGUGGUGAGAGGCUGCGUCUGGGAGGACGAAGGACUCGCUCAGGAGCCCUUCCAGCCUUUUGCUGUGUGUCUGAUUGAACCUUUACCCACUGUGGACAACAGCCCCACUCCUGAAGAGCUGUUGCAGAAGGGACAAAGAGAAGAGCGGCUGCUAGGUCAGCUGCUCCCCCUGCUGCACGGAAAUCCCAACAGCAGGAAAGUGAUCAUCACAGAGUUUCAGGAGUUUUGCCGUCAGCAGAGCUGCUCUUCGUCGUCACCCUCCAAGCUGUCCAGCCCUCAGAGCCCUCCAGAAAACAUCCCGUCCAGGGUCCAUCUGAAGCGCCUCAUCGGGAGCAACGCUGUUUAUGAGAAGCGCUCCUCCUACAAACGCUGCUGCUGGUACGUGCACGCAGAGGUCCUGUCCCGCUUCGGCCAGGAAGCUCUGCCGGUUCCGUGCAAGUGGACCUACCUCACCUCAGGAGCUCGAGAGGAGUCCCGUGAAGAGCCGCAGGCAGCCGCGGGCCCCCAGGGAAACUCUCCUCCUACGCCCCACGCUGCCUCUGCCCAGUCAUCCGCCAGCAAGAGGAAGAGCACCGGGAGCAUGUCGAUCACCAAGUUCAUGAAGAGAUGCAACGAUCCUGAGCGGGCUGAAGCAGCGGAGACGGACGGUUUUCAGGCUGACACCGAGGAUGACUAUGACGAAGAUUGUGUGAUUAUCUCCACAUCGAGCGGUUCCAAGAAAGGGAACCCCUCCAGCGAGGAAGACUGCCUAAUGGACGCCAACCCGUCUGAAACCGCUGCUGUCCCUGUGGUCACCUCCGCUUCCACGCCCCCCACAGCCUGAGCCGAGGACAGGCGGCGCUUCCCUCAUUAACUCUACCUUCACGGCUCGUUAAUCUGCAUCCAAAAGGGAUUCAAGUCUUGAAGAAAUGUGACCUGCCCCGUCCUCAAAGGCAGCAGACGCCGGCCUUGGUGUUCUGGAGUGCGUCGCUUUUCCCUGCAAGGUGUUUGUAGACGUUUAGAGAUUAAGAGCUAAAACUUGUGAAAAGAAUCAAAGCAACUUAUCAGAGUGUUAUUACUAUUGAUUGUGCCGAAACGGAACAAGGGGAGACCAUAAUUUCAUAAGCAGCGUUCAGGCCAUUGAGAACACCAACAUUUACGGUUCUUGAAACUUAACCACAAACGUGUUUUUUUUUUUUUGGUCCAAGUGUAAAUAGUUGAUCAGAAAUUAGUGCUGGAAGACGAGGCUCCAAGUCCAUCUGUACAUUGUGUUCUUACUGGUUUCAUUCACGCUGCCUUCCCUGAAAUCAUAGCGAGAUCUGUACGUGUACAGUUAGUUACAGUGUUGCUGUUUUAUAAAUAUGUAUUUUCUCAAGAAUACUUGAACAGGAAGAAUUCAUUAAACAUAAAUAAAAGUACUGCACCUUUUA